UUGACAUCAAUAAAUGCAGGAGUGUAUUGUAAGGGCGCGGACCUGUGCUGUUGUUUGAUCCUUCACAUUUGUAUUAUAUUUCUCUUCUUUUAGUAUUUUACUUUAAAAAUAACAAUUAUGAGCAUUGCUGCACUUUUGCAAGCUGCGGAAUAUUUGGAAAGGCGAGAACGAGAGGCGGAACAUGGAUAUGCAUCAACACUGCCAAUGCCAGAUGAUCUCAGAAGUAUGAAAAGACCAAAGACAAAAAAAUCUCAGGGAAGCAGGACUACUCAUAACGAACUGGAAAAAAAUAGGCGAGCUCAUCUACGGAACUGUUUGGAGAAGUUGAAGGAGAUGGUACCGCUGGGACCAGAAGCUUCGAGACACACUACCCUGGGCCUCCUCACGAAAGCGAAGCGGUUUAUCAAGAACUUGGAGGACCGAGAACGUAAACACGCAGUGCACAAAGAACACCUGCAUCGAGAACAUCGCUACCUGAGGCGGCGACUGGAACAGUUGAACGCGCACAACGCGCUCUCCAAGCGACGUUCAGUCUCUGAAUGCAGCACCUCCACUGUGUCCAGUACAAACUCUUCUUCAUCGGGGUCAUCUUCGUCCAUUUCAGAAUCAGAUGAAGUUGACGUCAUUGGGUACACCAGCAACCAGUCUGACACAGAUGACCACAGCAGCGUGCAGUCAACCUCAAGUGACAGCGGAGUGGCCAUGAGCACCAGCCGCCUCACGCUUUCUGAGAUGGAGAUUAUCUAGGUUGAAAGGCACGAUUGAUGUCGGGAGCAGUCGGGGGACAAGACGCUGCCUGUCGGAGAUCUGCCCGGCCCAAGCAGUGCCACCAUCAUAACUACCAGAGCCAGUAACAUUGUGGAGCCCACCUCUAGUCAUCAGCAAGGAAUCCUCUGUAUUAUAAAUAAGAGCUUGGGGAGUCGUAGCACAUUGCAGUUCACUGCAUGUGUAAAUUAUUUAUGUAAAUUGUACAUAUUUUUGUUUUAAAAAGAAAAGAUUAUUAAACAAAGUACUUGCAGGUCAUGACUCUAAACCAUUGGCCAGAAAUAAUUAUUUUGCUGUGUUUUUUUAUAUGAGAUUACAGUGGAAAGUGGUUUUAAAAUAUGUUUUAUGUGUUGUUAGAGAGUCAUGAAAUGAUGAUGGAUUUUUAAUUUUUUAAAGCAACCAUAUAAAAUAUUCCAGCAGGCAGAUCUCUGGGCGGACAGUAUUCUCGUCUGUCGAAUACUUUUAAAAAGUGUAUAAAAAUGAUAAAAAAAGACUAUGCUGUGACCUUGGGUUACGUUAGUUUUCAACUCUUCAAGAGCUGAUUUCAGUUUCUUCUGCAAAUAGUGCUUGGAGAUAGCACAUCAAAAAUCAAUUCUCCAUAACUAUUAUGGAACAAAAAGAUAUGAAAGAACAAAGUAUGCUAUAACGAGUUUUGGUAGGGUGAUAUGUAAAAAAGGAAAAAAAUAAUAAUUUUCUAAAAAAUAUUGUUAGACAAAGGUGGCACUUGUAAUAAGAGUUCUGAAAAUUCUGUCAACCAUUGUAGAAGAAUGUGAACCGGUGAGUUGAGAGACAUUGCCGGCUGCGAGUGCAAAGUGAACGUGAUGCGGCGCGUCUGCGGGCCCAGAUCUCUCCAACCAAAACAUGGUGUGUCCCUUCGUUCUCCCGCAGUGCUUGGGAAACAACACGGAGAAAGAUUAUUAUUGAAGGAACAUCGCAAAGCAUUCAAAGAGUACAAAUUCUGUAAGUCCCCAUUGAUAAUGGGGACUUUUAAUGUUUAAUUUUUUCCUGUGGACUUGAGUUUCAGCAGAUAGCAGCCAGGUGUUUGAGCUCUUUAUUUUAUUAUACUAAUAAAUUGCGAGAUGAACUGAUAUCAGGCACCUGAUGAACGCCUGCCCACCAGGCGUGCUAAGUGCUGAAACGCUGUGUUCCAGCAGUAGAACUGAGCCUCUUUAAGUAUAGCAGUGGUGAAAUGGUACGUGUGACAGCGAGUGAGUGGGUGAAUGUGUGAUUAUGUGUGUGAGAAUCAGGCAAGGUAAUGUAAUGUACAUUAAGUUUGGAUGUUGAUGGAGUAGGACCUGCCUUUAGUCACCAGCUUGGCGUCGACUGGCUACCUCUCUUUGAAAUAUCUCCAUCACACUGUCUUACUACAUGCCUUAAGGUUUAAAUAUUCCACAAAGAUGAGUCUCAAUUUGUGAUCAGGUCAUUCAGCAAGCUGGAAACUAAGCUGUAAAUGAGACGUCGUGUGCAAUAGUGGGUCCUGCCAUGCAUUGUGAGAUAAGAGUAACAUGAACUAGUAAUGUAUGUCAUGUAUCGGUGAAAGGUUUCAUUGUAGCGUAGAUUUUAUUCAUGUACAAUAGCAAGGAGUAGUGAAUAUUAUUUGUAAGAAUAUGCAGUGCCCACUGUUGCAUGUGCCCUGGAUACAGUCCCCAGUCAAUGGUGACUGAUAAUAAGAGCCAUGUGAACACCCAGAAGGCAGAAAAGAGGCUGUAGAUUGUCAGCUCUUCAGUGUCUGCUUCUCUUAGCCGCAAAAAUUUAAAAAAAAAAUACCAAAAAUACAAAAACAAAAUAAAAACUUACCUAACUACUUUUCUGUGUCAAAAAGGAGCUUCAAAGAUUAUUCACAAACUAAAAAAUAAUAAAACAAAAAAAUACAUAGAAAUAUAUGUUACUGGAAGCACUACCAAUUUGGUCCGAAGGUAUCUAAAAUGUGAUACAACUGGAAAACAAAAUACAACUUUUGUGUAGAUUAAUUUUUUCAAGCAAGAUUCUGUGUAGCAGCAAUAUGAAUUGAUACCAGUAUUGUGAAAUCUUUUCACCUCAUAUUCUUAAGAUAAUGAUAACCAUUCAUAGUGGUCUUGUUUAAAUUUUUUAGUUGAACAGAAAUUGUGGCCAUUAUCAAAAGAUCUUGCUCCUUUUCGAAGUUUAGACUGGCCUUACCACCAGUUGUAACUGUUUCUGGAUGCUUUCUGUGAUUUGAUUGGUUCUCAUGUCUGUAUCCCUGCUGCUGGACGAAAUUGAAUGAUGUCCAAGGUUGAGGGCAAUCCUCUCUGGCACAGACCUGUCCUGGCAGUCGUCUGUCCCAGUUUCAUGGCUGUAUGAGAAAACUUAUUGUACAUAUUACUUGUAACUAUUCAUAUUGCAUCAUUGUUUUGUUCUUAAUAAUUUUCUUGAUUCUACAGAAAAUAAAUUUGUGUAUUAUUAUAAAAUAUA